GCCCCCGCCCCGGCGUGCAGGAGGCGGGCUCUGGCCUCUAGCCCUCGGAGCGAGUGUGGCGCGAGUGGGAGCGCGACGGCCCGCUGGAAGCGUCCUACUGCCCGCAGAGGCCCCGCCGAGGUCCGCGCGGCCCGUGCGCUCGUCCUCCGGCCCGCAGCGCCGUGGUCAGGCCUCCCGAAGCCUCCGCCUCCCCGCGGCCGGGACUGCCCGCCGAGGCGCCUCCCUCGUCAGGUCGGCGUCGCGCCGCGACCCUGGAAGCGAAGCCGCGGGCGGGAGGAGGAGCCCCAGCGGCGGCGGGCGGCGGCCGUCGGCGGCGAGGCCGGCAACAUGGCGAGCGCCUCGUACCACAUCUCCAACCUGCUGGAGAAGAUGACGUCCAGCGACAAGGACUUCAGGUUUAUGGCUACAAAUGAUUUGAUGACGGAACUUCAGAAAGAUUCCAUCAAGUUGGAUGAUGAUAGUGAAAGGAAAGUAGUGAAAAUGAUUUUGAAGUUACUGGAAGAUAAAAAUGGAGAGGUACAGAAUUUAGCUGUCAAAUGUCUUGGCCCUUUAGUGAGUAAAGUGAAAGAAUAUCAAGUAGAGACAAUUGUAGAUACCCUCUGCACUAACAUGCUUUCUGAUAAAGAACAACUGCGAGAUAUUUCAAGUAUUGGCCUUAAAACAGUCAUUGGAGAGCUUCCCCCGGCGUCCAGUGGCUCUGCCUUAGCUGCUAAUGUGUGUAAAAAGAUCACUGGGCGUCUCACCAGUGCAAUAGCAAAACAGGAAGACGUCUCUGUUCAGCUGGAAGCCCUGGAUAUUAUGGCUGAUAUGUUGAGCAGGCAAGGAGGACUUCUUGUUAAUUUCCAUCCUUCAAUUCUGACCUGUCUACUCCCCCAGUUGACCAGCCCUAGACUUGCAGUGAGGAAAAGAACCAUUAUUGCUCUUGGCCAUCUGGUUAUGAGCUGUGGAAAUAUAGUUUUUGUAGAUCUUAUUGAACAUCUCUUGUCAGAGUUGUCCAAAAAUGAUUCCAUGUCAACAACAAGAACCUACAUACAAUGUAUUGCUGCUAUUAGUAGGCAAGCUGGUCAUAGAAUAGGUGAAUACCUUGAGAAGAUUAUUCCUUUGGUGGUAAAAUUUUGUAAUGUAGAUGAUGAUGAAUUGAGAGAGUACUGCAUUCAAGCCUUUGAAUCAUUUGUGAGAAGAUGUCCUAAGGAAGUAUAUCCUCAUGUUUCUACCAUUAUAAAUAUUUGUCUUAAAUAUCUUACCUAUGAUCCAAAUUAUAAUUAUGAUGAUGAAGAUGAAGAUGAAAAUGCCAUGGAUGCAGAUGGUGGUGAUGAUGAUGACCAAGGGAGUGAUGAUGAAUACAGUGACGACGAUGACAUGAGUUGGAAAGUGAGACGUGCAGCUGCUAAGUGCUUGGAUGCUGUAGUUAGCACAAGGCAUGAAAUGCUUCCAGAAUUCUACAAGACCGUCUCUCCUGCACUGAUAUCCAGAUUUAAAGAACGAGAAGAGAACGUAAAGGCAGAUGUUUUUCAUGCAUACCUUUCUCUUUUGAAGCAAACUCGUCCUGUGCAAAGUUGGCUAUGUGACCCUGAUGCAAUGGAACAAGGAGAAACACCUUUAACAAUGCUUCAGAGUCAGGUUCCCAACAUUGUUAAAGCUCUGCACAAACAGAUGAAAGAAAAAAGUGUGAAGACUCGACAGUGCUGUUUUAACAUGUUAACUGAACUGGUAAAUGUGUUACCUGGGGCCCUAACACAACAUGUUCCUGUGCUUGUACCAGGAAUCAUUUUCUCACUGAAUGAUAAAUCAAGCUCAUCAAAUUUGAAGAUUGAUGCUCUGUCGUGUCUCUACGUAAUCCUCUGUAACCACUCUCCUCAAGUCUUCCAUCUUCAUGUCCAGGCUUUGGUCCCUCCAGUGGUGGCUUGUGUUGGAGACCCAUUUUACAAGAUUACGUCUGAAGCACUUCUUGUUACUCAACAGCUUGUGAAAGUCAUUCGUCCUUUAGAUCAGCCUUCCUCAUUUGAUGCCACUCCUUACAUCAAAGAUUUGUUUACCUGUACCAUUAAGAGGUUAAAAGCAGCUGACAUUGAUCAGGAAGUCAAGGAAAGGGCUAUUUCCUGUAUGGGACAAAUUAUUUGCAACCUUGGAGACAAUUUGGGUUCUGACUUGCCUAAUACACUUCAGAUUUUCUUGGAGAGACUGAAGAAUGAAAUUACCCGGUUAACUACAGUGAAGGCAUUGACACUCAUUGCUGGGUCACCUUUGAAGAUAGAUUUGAGGCCUGUCCUGGGAGAAGGGGUUCCCAUCCUUGCUUCAUUUCUCAGGAAAAACCAGAGAGCUUUGAAAUUGGGCACCCUUUCUGCCCUAGAUAUUCUAAUUAAAAACUAUAGUGACAGCUUGACAGCUGCCAUGAUUGAUGCAGUUCUAGAUGAGCUCCCCCCUCUUAUCAGCGAAAGUGAUAUGCAUGUUUCACAGAUGGCUAUCAGUUUUCUCACCACACUCGCAAAAGUGUAUCCCUCCUCCCUGUCAAAGAUAAGUGGAUCCAUUCUCAAUGAACUUAUUGGACUUGUGAGAUCCCCCUUAUUGCAGGGAGGAGCUCUUAGCGCCAUGCUGGACUUUUUCCAAGCUCUGGUUGUUACUGGAACAAAUAAUCUAGGAUACAUGGAUUUGUUGCGCAUGCUAACUGGUCCAGUUUAUUCCCAGAGCACAGCUCUUACUCACAAGCAGUCUUAUUAUUCCAUUGCCAAAUGUGUAGCUGCCCUUACUCGAGCAUGCCCUAAAGAAGGACCGGCUGUAGUGGGGCAGUUUAUUCAAGAUGUCAAGAACUCAAGGUCUACAGAUUCCAUUCGUCUCUUAGCUCUGCUUUCUCUUGGAGAAGUUGGGCAUCAUAUUGACUUAAGUGGGCAGCUGGAACUGAAAUCUGUGAUAUUAGAAGCCUUCUCAUCUCCUAGUGAAGAAGUCAAAUCAGCCGCGUCCUAUGCGUUAGGCAGCAUUAGUGUGGGCAACCUUCCUGAAUAUCUGCCGUUUGUCUUACAAGAAAUAACCAGUCAACCCAAAAGGCAGUAUCUUCUGCUUCAUUCCUUGAAGGAAAUUAUUAGCUCUGCAUCAGUGGUGGGCCUUAAACCAUAUGUUGAAAACAUCUGGGCCUUACUGCUAAAGCAUUGUGAGUGUGCAGAAGAAGGAACCAGAAAUGUUGUUGCUGAAUGUCUAGGCAAGCUCACUCUGAUUGAUCCCGAAACCCUCCUUCCACGGCUUAAGGGGUACUUGAUAUCAGGCUCAUCAUAUGCCCGAAGCUCCGUGGUUACAGCUGUGAAGUUUACUAUUUCCGAUCAUCCACAGCCUAUUGAUCCACUGCUAAAGAACUGCAUAGGUGAUUUCCUAAAAACCUUGGAAGACCCAGAUUUAAAUGUAAGAAGAGUAGCCUUGGUCACGUUCAAUUCAGCAGCACAUAACAAGCCAUCGCUAAUAAGGGAUCUGCUAGACGCUGUUCUCCCACAUCUUUACAACGAGACGAAAGUUAGAAAGGAGCUCAUAAGAGAGGUAGAAAUGGGUCCAUUUAAGCAUACGGUUGACGACGGCCUGGAUAUUAGAAAGGCAGCGUUUGAGUGCAUGUACACUCUUCUAGACAGUUGUCUUGAUAGACUAGAUAUCUUUGAAUUUCUAAAUCAUGUUGAAGAUGGUUUGAAGGACCAUUAUGAUAUUAAGAUGCUGACGUUUUUAAUGUUGGUGAGACUCUCCACUCUUUGUCCAAGUGCAGUAUUGCAGAGGUUGGACCGACUUGUUGAGCCGUUACGCGCCACGUGUACAACGAAGGUGAAGGCAAACUCAGUAAAGCAGGAGUUUGAAAAGCAGGACGAACUGAAGCGAUCGGCCAUGAGAGCAGUCGCGGCCCUGCUGACCAUUCCCGAGGCCGAGAAGAGCCCGCUGAUGAGCGAGUUCCAGUCGCAGAUCAGCUCCAACCCUGAGCUGGCAGCCAUCUUUGAGAGCAUCCAGAAAGACUCAUCGUCCACUAACUUGGAAUCAAUGGACACUAGUUAGAUGUUUGCUCCAUACGGGACCAUUACGUUGACCAUACGAUGCACUGAAUUGACAGGUUAAUCAUAAGACAUGGAAAGAGAAGUGUCUAAAAGCUUCAAAAUGUUCCACUUUUUUUUCCUUCAUGGAGACAGUUUGGCUUUCUUCCAUUGUUGUUUUUGUAGCAUUUAUUUCAGAAAUGUGUAUUUCCAUAAUCCAGAGGUUGUAAAACCACUAAUGUCUUAGUGGUUGGGGCAACAUUUAAAAUGGAAACUAAAAGUUAGGAUUUAUGGAGAUAGGGUCCAGUAUCUAUUUGCCCUGUAAUGUUUAGGAUUAAAAUGUUAAAAUUUUGUGACCAUGAAUUUCUUUCUUUUAUAAAUUUUCUCUUAUUUAAAAAUCAAAAAUUUUGCAAGACAAAAACCAUGUUUCUUUUUCUUGUUUAACUUUUUAUUUCUGCAACAUAAAUUGAUUUUUAGCUGGCAGACAAGAAUAUCUGUGUAAGAUUUGUUACAAUUCAGAGGGUUUGCAGUUUAAAAAAAGAUAAUAAGGUAUCAUUUUUAAGUAUAGGGAUUGACAGUAUCCCUGUUGCGCACACUAAUUUUGCAUGAGCAAGUUUACAAAUAUGUAUUGUCUGUAAAGCAGCAUGUGCAGAUUAUUCAUAAUACAAAAGUUAAAAUAAGUAUUAUUGUAUUAGUGCAAUUUUCAGAUAUUUAUUUUUGCACAGAAAACACAUAUCUGGAGAGAAAGAGAGGAGUAAAUUUUUGAAACUUUGGUUUUCUUAAUGCCAGUGUGAAUUUGCAGAUGUUUUCAGCAAAUCAAGUCACAAUAACAAUUUGCCACUUUUUUCUAUUAUAAAUUUUCUUACACAUUUAAAAUUUGAAUAUUUAAGUGCUCAGUUUUUCUCAGUUACCCAUUUGUGUGCGUGUGUUUCCACUUAGAAAUUCGUAAAGCCAGAUUUUUCUUUCAUUCCCUUUGAAUCUCUGCAUUCCUAAACGAAGGAUACAAAUACUGUGUAUGCUUUUGAAUUUUAUUUUUAGGAAAAUUCUGAAGCCGGCUAUCACAGGUUUGUUAGCUAAUAAUAGUAUUUUCUUUUAGUUGAGUUAGAUUUUCCCCCCUCUCUUGUAGACCUAAUUUACAUUAUUGUAUUUGGUAAGUGUUAACUACUUUUCCUGAUUAAGGGGUCUGUGCUGGGGGUCAACAAAGCUUUGCAGUACCUUUUAUCGUAGUUAAAAUUUUAUUUAACAUAUCCUACAGUGAGCUAGCUCAUUUCACACUGUAGCCUCUUCCUUCAAAUUUGUGGUGCUCCUGUAACAGUAAGAACUAACUUCUGAAAUAAAAGGCAUCUCCUAAUGCUGUGCAAACCAGUUUACAUGUGUUGAAGGAGGCAGUUGUACAUUGACCAAUUUUAAGCAAUCAGAUAUUUGAAAACUGCACCCUUUAUUUUUGAAACUGUGAAUUAGAAAUACUUUUUCUGCUGUAUUACUUACCUGCUUUAACAUCUGAAUAUGCAGUGACUUUAAUUGAUAACAACAUACUGUGGUUAUUAGAUUAACAGCUUGAUUUCAAAGUGUUCAGAUGAUAAUGCAUAAGACAUCAUUAUCAGUAAGGAGUUUGACUAAUACAUUGACAUGAAACUUGACAUGAAGUUGGUGCCAUUUCAAAAUGUGGCAGGUGAUAAUCUUAUACCAUAAUUUGCAUAAAACUGUAAUAGAAAUUUAUUUUGAGAUGUUAGUAUAUUAUGUACUAUGCAUUACCGUGGUAUAGAUGUUGUGGAUAUAUUUAAGUAUUUGGUUACAUGGUUUCACAAUAAAUUACAAUACUGCAGGCUCUAGGACCAAUUAGGAGACUGACAUGCAUAUGUUGUGUGAAUGUCUUAGUUAAUUAUCUGAAGUUAAAUCCACAUGCUUUUCAUGCAUUGGAUUUUCCUUUUUUUUAUUUUUCAACUUCCGAGAUGCAUGGUGGUUUUUUUUUGAGUUUUGCAAGAUGGCUAAUUUCUCUAAUAUAGCUGAAAUUCUAUGUUUUAAUAUAAAAGAAAUAGAUUCUGCUCUUUUCUAGUGGUAGAUAUGGUUUUAGUGUUUAUGUAUAUAUAUAUAUAUAUAUAUAUAUAUAUAAAACAUAACAAAAUUACAUAACAAACUUAAUAACAGAAGAACACUCAGACUUUAAAUGCUGAGUCAUACCAGUUAACUCCACACUUUAGGGGUAAUGUCGUGAUACCGGAAUGGAAUUUGCAAGGUGUGGGAUCCAGUCAUAAUCUGCCACUCAUAUUGUUUUACUGGUCUUUUAAGUAGUAUUAGGAAAUUCUGCGUAGCAAUUCUCCAUAUGUAGGCUCCUCAAGAGAUCUAGAAGUUAACAGUAAGAAGACAGCUGUUUGAUUUUCUUGAAGAUGUUUAAAUUGUUUAGAUCUACCUGAUUUCUUUUUAAAGAGUGGCCAGUAUGGGGUUGUAUUUUGAGGUCAGGUUAGGUUAUGAAACUAAGGCAGAAAGAGAAUUUGGUAUGGCAAGGCCUAACCUAAAAAUUUAUUUCUCAAAUCAAUAGCACUGAACAGUAAUUUUUAAAAUGGUAGUCAUGUGUUCGUUAAUGAUACCUAAAGAUUCUUAACCACUGGGAAUUAGAAAUCUUAAAAGGUUGAAGUAUUACGACUUCAUCAAGUGUUUGAAUAUUUACAUAAUUUUUAUGUAACCAUAAUUAACCAAAUCAGUCAGUUUUUAGCAGUUUCUUUGGGUAAAUGGUUAAUAACAGGGUCAUAUCUAAUUCAGCCACUUUUAAGGGAUGUCUGAUAUCUUUAUGUCUAGCUCAGUUUUAGGCAUAAUAUGAAUAUGAUUAUAUAAGCAUAAUUUAAAUUCAAAAUAAUGAAAUACAUAAAAUCCUUAGUCAUUGAAAAAUUCAAUUGAUUGGUUAAUUAAUAAGCCUUGUAAGCUGUGUUUAGCCACAUGACAAAGUAUAUUGUAAUACUUCACAGUUUAAAAAGUUGAAGUAACAUUUUCUGCCCACAUUAAAUUCUACCCAAAACUUAAAUUGUUAAAAUUAACUGCCAAUCUCUAGAUAUAUUUGCUUAAUAAAUGUUUUGAUAUUAAAGAGCUUAAAAAUUUCAGCAAAUAAAUUUUGGGUUCUAGCUCUAUCGUAAA